CGCUCUUUCUUUCAGUAGAAAUCCGUUGGCCGCGCAAAUCGCACAGAUGCGGGCGGGCUAAAAUCCAAGAGAUACCGAAACAGAUCAGUCAGAGAAUAAAAGAAAAUAGGUAGAAAAGACAUACUCCAUGGGAUCGGAUCGGCGGACUGGGAAAUACGCAAAAUUGAUGGUUUAAAUAAAUAAAUAAAUGAGUUUUAUGUGCGCGUCGAAAGUGCAGUGCGCGUUUUACAGGCAGAUCGCGAUUCCUGUAUCCAUAAUAAAAAUGCCCAAAAGCAUAAGACACAAGUCCGCAAAAUUAUUUCGAAAAUAACCUGCAGCAACAGCAAAAAAGCAACAGCAGCAGCAGCAGAAAACUCAUUAAUUUUCCAAAUACCCUAAAAAAAAAAGCAAAUGAACGUAUCUCACCGAUGCGAAAUUCGGUGUGCGGCUGUAAUUUUAAACGCAUUUCUUGCGCUUGUUUUGACAUUGAAAUGAAACAACAAUAACAAUCGGAUAAUUAAAGCGGAGAAAACACACGCCAACGGAUAUACACCUGCUGUCCAACCAGCGAAUCCAUCUAUCUGCGGAGAAAAACAAAAAAAAAAAACUCAGGGAAUUUGGAGAGCUCAGGGAAUUCGAGAAGAUGACCACGCGUAUUCGGCGCAAGAAGUCCACGCUGACGGAGUUGAAGAUAGCCGUGAUCGGGGCACCCAGUGUUGGCAAGAGCGCCCUAAUUGUGCGUUUCUUGACAAAGCGUUACAUCGGGGAGUACGAUCAUCAGACUGAGAAUCGCUAUAAGCACGAGGCGAUGGUGGAUGGCGAGCCAGUGCUCUUCGAAAUCCUCGACACAUGUCCCAAGGCUGAGGACGAAUACCCAAAUGCAGCUGAGCUUGUCCAAUGGGCCGAUGGCUUACUUCUGGUCUACUCAAUAACAGAUCGCAAAAGCUUCAACUAUAUACGCCGUGCCAAGUCCGAUCUUCAGUCCGAUACUCCCGUCCAACUGUGCGCCAACAAAGUGGAUAUGGUGCACCUGCGCCAGGUGAGCCGCGAUGAGGGCGAAAUCCUGGCCAAGGACUUCGAGUGCAAGUUCAGCGAGGUCUCCGCCGCCGACCAUGUGGACCAAGUGGCCGAGGUCUUCAACGAGCUGUGCAAGGAGGUGCUGGCCUCCAAGCGCAAGUCCAAGCAGAGUCUGCUCGAAAGGAUGCUGGGCGGGGCACGCCCCUACAGCCGAGGGAAGAGCGACAGCAAUUUGCCAAAAGACUGAUAGCGAUGAUGGGAUUUUAAUGUAAAUAAAUGUAAAUUUUUUUAAAUUAAAAAGGAUUGCUUAAAGUA